AUGAAGACGAUGUCUGGUGAUAUACCGGAUCAGGAAGAUUUGAUGAAACGGGUUCCCAAACCUCUCAUGGAGAAGCGGAGAAGAGACCGUAUUAAUCACAGUUUGGAAACCUUGAGGCUUCUGUUAGUGGAGAACACAUGUAAUGAGAAACUGAAGAAUCCCAAAGUGGAAAAAGCUGAAAUCCUGGAGAGUGUUGUUAAUUUCCUGAAGGCUGAGCAGCAAUCCAGACCAUAUUCGUACCCCAUCAAAAGAAAAUAUGAGGAAGAACAUGAGCUUGGAUCUCCUUGUAAACGACAACUGAACUACCAGGAUGGUAUGAGAACAUGUCUGCUCAGGGUCAGCAAUUUUAUUCAAAGCAAGAGCCAAGACUCCGAGGGGAGCGUUAAAGACCAUUCUAUUCAAGAUCGUCUAGCACCUGCUCUGCACCUCAGACAUGAUGGUGGGUCUGUACCAGGGCAGCAGGCACUUACUUGUGUGGAGUCAACCAGCUCCUGCAUGGUCCUGGGUCAGUCUUUAAUUUCUCAAAGAACUGCCAUAUAUGAGCCUCCACAGAAUCGAGCCUCCAGCCCUAAACAGCCUUUGAUGGCAAGUGAUUCUGUGUGGAGACCUUGGCCAGAGUAG